AUGUUGCUCCCAUCUUGCAUCUUGGCAUCGGUCCUAUGCCUACCAUCGGCUUUUGCUUUCAAACAUCACAACAGGACAGGAAACCACACUCAUUUUCAUGGCACCGAAACUAUCCUUCUGAACCAUCAAUCUGUGCAGCAGCCUGCCAAACCACUACCUCUUGGCCUUCUCCAACUGAAUCAAACGUCUAUCUCCGCCAACACCAGCUUCGUUCCUACUGUGGUUACUCCUGCAGUACCAGCCACGUCUGGCACGGUCGACAGCACAGUUUUGGUUAUAGCACGGGACACAACCUCGGCUUAUUCGGCAUACUCCGGCCUAAAUGAUCGAGGAAUCCCAUACUCUGUCUUAACGGUACCUCAAGCCGGUGCCGCUCUGCCAAGCCUUAAUGACACAACAACUCAUGGAAACUACGGACUCAUUGUUGUGUUGUCAGAAGUCAGCUAUGACUAUGGAACCAAAGGAUAUGCGAGUGCUUUGACAAGUGCUCAAUGGCAAUCUCUAUAUGCUUAUCAAGUUGCCUUCGGUGUUCGAAUGGUGAGACUCGAUGUAGCUCCAUCAGCCGACACUGGAACACAGUCUCUUGGUGCGUGUUGCACUGGUGAACAGUUGGUCUCAAUCUCAAACGCUUCUGCUUUCCUCCAAGCCGGUCUCAAUGUUGGAGCUGGGCUCACCACAAAAGGAUUAUACCAUUAUCCUGCCAAAAUCACCAACCCAAAGAUCGCUUGGGAGAUUGCACAAUUUGCUCCAGCGACAGCGGACAAUAUCACUACCACUACCACUGCAGGUGUCAUAAAUGUCAUUAAUGGGCGACAACAAAUGGUUUUCUUCAUGCCAUUUGCAACAGAUUGGUCAUUGACCUCCAAUUUCCUCCAACAUGCAUGGAUUACUUGGGGAACAAGAGGCUUAUUUGCGGGAUGGCGUAGAGCAAUGUUGAACACACAAGUUGAUGAUAUGUUCCUCGAGACACCCAUGUUCGAUACCGGAGAAAACUUCCGUUGCUCAGCUGUUGAUGUUGCCCAUCAUGUCACUGUGAUGGCAGGUAUCAACAAGAGACUCAAUCCAGGUAGCAAUUGGUGGAUUGAGAUUGGACACAAUGGUAAUGGCAACCUUGAGUCAGCCGAUCCUUCUGGAAGCGACGUAGUCUGUAACCCAGGUCCAAUUGAAUACCCCGAUCAAAUUGAUACCCCAUUGGAGUUUGCUAAGCCCUUGGGCUCAGGUUCAAGCAUAUGGCCCGCCAAUGCAUCUCUUGAAUAUGGCAACUACACUCUAGCAUGCAUGAAAAAGGACCCAUUGCUCGUGUGGUGGCAGCAACCUGCCAACCUCAACGCUUUCUCGCACAUCUCUCACACCUUCUCUCACGAGGAUCAAGACAAUUCUACCUACUUUGAUGUAGUGCGAGAGCUCACCUGGAACAAGGCUUGGUUGGAGCAAUCUGGAAUCUCAAAAGCUAAGAAGUAUAGCGGCACUGGAAUCAUUCCUCCUGCUAUCACUGGUAUGCACAAUGGAGAUGCUUUGAAGGCUUGGUAUGAGCAGGGUAUUGUUCACGUGGUUGGAGACAAUACCAGAAAGCCUCUUCUUAAUGCUGAUAACGAGCACUGGCCUCUGAUGUCUACAGUGGCCUCAAAUGGAUAUGCAGGUAUCCAAAUCACACCUCGUUGGGCCUCCAACAUCUACUACAACUGCAACUACGCCGACUGUGUCGUAGCCGAAUGGAAGAACGUUUCCAAGGGAGUAGGAGAUAUGUACACCAUCCUUGGCAUUGAGCAAGACACCAACACCCGACAUCUGCUCGGUCUGCACCAUGACCCAUACAUGUUCCAUCAAGCCAACCUGAUGUACGAAGAUGCGGAUUACUACACCAUGUCCGACGAUAUCACCACCGUGUACUCGCUCAUGGAAGUCUGGGUCGAGACCGUGAUCCGAGAAUUUAUUAGACUCGUCAACUGGCCCUUGAUCACACUCAAGCAUGACGAUAUCAACGCCUCAUUCCGAGACCGAAUGACUCGUGAUGCAUGCAAGCCCAAGAUGACCUGGGACGUCAACCCCACCACCGGCGCCAUCUCAGCCGUGACCAUAACCUCGACCCGCAACAUCUGCUCCGUCCCCAUCCCCAUCACGGUCCCAGCCAGCGUAACUGACACCCAGAACUUCGCCACCGAGCAAAUUGGUCAUGAUCCUUUGACCAUCUGGGUCAAGAUGGCUGGGCAACCAGUUACGUUUACUCUGAGCAAGCCGGUUUCAAUUUACUAG